CAAUUAAUAGAUUUUUAUUUCCAUGAGCAUUUCAUUCAAGAAAUUGAGCCCACUCCUUAACAGAGUCCUCGUCAAGAGAGCAGCUGCCAGCACCACCUCUGCUGGAGGAAUCAUCCUGACCGAAGAGAAAGAGAUGGCAUAUGGAGAAGUCGUCGCCCACGGUCCAGGAGUUUCAGAAGAAGGAGGAUUCAGAGAUACUUGUGUUAAGAAGGGAGAUACCGUCCUCCUCCCCUCAUGGGAAGGCCAAAAGAUUGAACUCAACGGAGAAGAACUCUCUAUCUACAGAGAUACCGACAUCUUGGGCAUCCUGUCUGAGAAGGUCCAAUAACUAAAGAAUACUAGUUUUUAAAGUAGUUCUCCCAUAUCCA